AACAUGGCUCCCGGAGGUGGAAGGAAGAGGCUUUACCCUCUUUGAAGCGGUAAAGAAGAGCAGCGGGAGAGGAGAAAAAAGAGAAGCGACUAGAGCCUGUCAUCGCUUUUAUCCUCCCAACCUCUCCUGAGUCCGGUCGGCCUCACCCCUCCAGUCCACCCGUAUCCAAUCUGCGGUCUCCUCCCCUCCCCGCCCUGGUUUCCUCACCCCUCCCCUAGGGAAUCCUUUUCCCGCCCCCUCGCCCCCCGCGGAGUGCGCACGCGCCCGCCCCCAGCUUCGCGCCCAGAUCGCCGCCUAGCUUGCUCGCGCAGCCGCUGUCUCAUCUCGUCUGCCCACCGACGAAGCAUGGGCGUCCAGGGCUUCCAAGAGUUCCUGGAGAAGCGUUGUCCUGGGGCCGUGGUGCCUGUGGACCUCCUCAAACUCGCGCGCACUGUAUCGCGCCAGCAGCAGCAGCAGCACCUGCACCGCCAGCUGCCCCCGACGGCAGCCUUAGCACCCGGAGCUCCACGCGCCGCCAGGGGCUCUGCUCCUCUGCAACCACCGCUCCCACCCGCAGCUUUAGGUGCCUACUCCGGGGGCGCGGGCCCGAAUCGGCACCAUCACCCUGCUCACCACUUCCACCACCACGGCCCAGCGCAGCCCGGGCUGCACCCGCCACUGCCGCCGCCGCCCCCUCCGCUGCCCGGGGCUCGAGUGCUUGUAGACGCGGGCUCGGCGCUUCCACGGCUCUAUGGCGGUUACCAGACGGAUUGGGUGUGUGGCGGCCAGUGGAACGCCAUGCUGGGCUACUUGUCAGCGCUGUGCCAGGCUUGUGCCUACCCCGGCGGCGACGGCCUGGAGCUCGUGGUCAUGUUCCCCGGGGGCCUGGGCAAGGACCGACUGGCAGAGUGGGGCCGUCGGUGCCAGGCCGAGCGGCAGACAGCGCAACUGAUCGUGGGACACGUGGGCAACAAGGGCACCCCUCCACCGCGGGCCUGGUUCCUGCCACCGGCCUGCCUGAGCCACUGCGUGAGGCUAGCACUCAUCCGCUUCCGGGUCAAGGUCUUUCAGAGCCUUGAAGAUCACCAUUUGGAAGUGGUGGCUUUUUUCAGGGAAAAUGGCUUUCAUGGCCUUCUUGCCCAUGACUCCGAGUAUGCACUCUACAAUAUUCCCUCUUACUACAGUUCCCAUGCUCUGAAACUGAGCUGGAAUGGGAAGAACCUUACUACUAAUCAGUUUCUGAUGCAGGAGGUGGCCAAGCAGCUGGGCCUCAAGCGGAUGAAUUUUCCCAUAUUUGCUGCACUGCUAGGUAACCACAUUCUCCCAGAUGAGGACUUGGCUGCUUUUCACUGGAGCCUCUUGGGACCAGAACAUCCUCUUGCAUCCCUUAAGGUUCGAGCUCAUCAACUGGUUCUUCCACCCUGUGAUGUGGUGAUCAAGGCUGUUUCUGAGUAUGUUAGUUCUAUCAAAGACCCUUCAAACCUGGAUGUGGUUGGGAAGGAUGUUUUCAAACAAUCUCAGUCCAGGACAGAAGAUAAAAUAGAACGAUUCAAGAAAGCAGUUGAAUACUAUUCAGUCACAACCAAACUCUCUUCACUGCCAGUGGGUCCCUCCUUUCUAGGCUUUCGAAAUAACCGUCUUGGAAAUCCUCCCCUUCCACGAAAUCAAAUGGGCACAAUUUCUGCUGGAAAGCCAAUGUUUUCUCACCAAGUGCCCCAGAAAAUGAAAUAUCCACCACCAUUCCCAAUGGGACCCAACUCAUCUCUUCUCUUCUCCCAUCCUCUGGGGGAUUCCCAUGCUUUUUCUGAGGAUCCCAUGCUGCAGGACAGCCCCUUUGCCAAUUGGGCGGUCUCUUAUGACUCCUCUGCAUCCCAGUUUCCCAAUUACCUGACUUCCAAAGCUUCACCUCCUUUGGGACCAGACUCUUCCCACUCCUCUUCCUCUGAUGGUGAUGAGCCAAAUGGAGCCAGUUCUGAUCACAUCACAGAAACUCUUCAGCAGCAGCCUGGUUGGGAAGAUCCCAAUGGUGACAGAGGGUCUUGGGUACAGCCUGUGGAUGCUGGAGUUUCAGAAACCAGCCUAGGUGAUGGUGAGCCUCACAUCCCAUCUCUGCUGUCUAUGUCUACAAGGAACCACAUGGACAUCACAAUUCCACCCUUACCACCAGUAGCUCCAGAAGUCUUGCGGGUUGCUGAACACAGACAUCGAAGGGGUCUUAUGUAUCCAUAUAUCUAUCACGUCCUCACUAAGGGUGAAAUUAAGAUUCCCGUAUGUAUUGAGGAUGAGUGUAACAUGGAGUUACCUCCAGCUGCUCUCCUGUUCAGGUCAGCUCGUCAAUAUGUAUAUGGAGUCCUUUUUAGUUUGGCAGAGACACAGCGGAAAAUGGAACGCCUGGCCAUACGGCGGAGGCUACCUGUGGAAGUUCCUUCAGUGAUCCUUAAAGAGUGGUCCGCCUAUAAAGGGAAGUCACCUCAGACCCCUGAACUGGUGUCUGCACUAACAUUUCGGGAAUGGACUUGCCCAAACCUGAAGAAGCUCUGGCUAGGCAAAGCAGUUGAAGACAAGAACAGAAGGAUGCGAGCUUUCCUGGCCUGUAUGAAGUCUGACACACCCAGUAUGCUCAAUCCAGCUAAUGUCCCCACCCAUCUGCUGCUCAUGUGCUGUGUACUCCGCUACAUGGUUCAGUGGCCUGGUGGCAGAAUCCUGCAUCGCCAUGAGCUAGACACCUUUCUUGCACAGGCAGUGUCUACCCAGCUUUAUGAACCAGAUCAACUCCAAGAACUCAAGAUUGAGAAAUUGGAUGCCCGAGGGAUUCAGCUUGCUGCCCUCUUCAUGAGUGGGGUUGACACAGCUCUCUUUGCAAAUGAUGCCUGUGGCCAGCCAGUCCCUUGGGAGCAUUGCUGCCCCUGGAUUUACUUUGAUGGCAAGCUGUUCCAGAGCAAGCUCAUUAAAGCAGGCCGAGAACGAGUAUCCCUGGUUGAACUCUGCGAUGGCCAGGCUGACCUGGCAACCAAAGUGGAAAAGAUGAGACAGAGUAUCCUUGAAGGAGUCAACAUGAAUCAUCCACCACCUUCUGCUCUACUUCCAUCACCUACUUUUGUGCCUCCUAUGGUGCCCUCUCUGUACCCUGUUUCACUUUAUUCCCGAGCCAUGGGUUCAAUGCCACCUCCCCCUCAAGGAAGGAGCCGAGGGUUUGCAGGUCUCCAUCCAAUCCCACCCCAAGGAGGAAAACUGGAGAUUGCUGGUAUGGUGGUGGGCCAGUGGGCUGGCAGCAGAUCCUCCAGAGGCCGAGGAUCCUUUGGCAUGCAAGUGGUUUCUGUCGGUGGGCCAGGAAAGGGGCAUGGAAAAGAGCAGACUGGUAGAGGAUCCAAAGGACACAAAAAAGGAAAUAAACAAGGCUCUUCAGAUGGAAUUUCUAAAUCCCUGGAGCUUCGUCAAGGGCGGUCCCGCUCACAGGUAAACGGAAACAAUGGCACAUUGAUCAAGGAAGAGAAGAGUGAUCAUCGUCUUCCAGCUCCAUCACAAUGUGCCUUAUCCAGAGACAGCAACGUGUGUAAUAAUGGUAACCGCUGCCUCCCUGUGAAGAAUGGGGAGAAGAACCGCUUACAAGAGCAAAAACUAGAAACUGUGGCACAACGGAAAGAGGAAUGACAAGCUGAAGAUGGCUUCACCAGACAGGAAGAGGGGAAAACUAUACUUUUCUGAUUCUAGGCCCAAGUUAGAGGAGGCUAUAAAUGCUUGCCCUAGAUUUAUCCAGGAUUUUGAUAAGAUAUCCUAUUGAAUUCAUCUGUUCCCCUUCUCUAUCUUAUUCUGGGUCCCCCAACCUAGGACCCAGGGAAUUUCUGGUUAAAGGUGAAUAGCAACAAAACUAGUUUCAAUUCUCAAAUUUAAUAUAAUAGUACCAAUAUUCUCUUUAUCUCCUCUGGGAGGCUAGUAAGACAGUAACUGUCAGAAAGCAGGUGUUAUCAUGUAAAGUCCUAUAUAAAAGUUCCAGCUUUGGUUUUCUGAGUAUCUAUCAUGGCAUUCAUUUGCAGACUUACGUGAUAAACCUGUGGGGUCAAGGGAACAGCUGUCUAUGGCUUGCUCACUAUUUUUCCUCUAUGAAAUGAAGGGGCUGACCUUGAUAUAUAAUCUGUAUCCACUUCCUCCUCACUCUUUCUCCCACCUCACAUACCCCAGGAUUUUUGUAUACCACCUCUAGCUCUGGCCUGACAAUCAGAUAGGUAGAUGUUUUCAGGGAAGUGAGUAGUAUUGGUUAUUUUAUUUUAUCUUAUUUUAUUUUAUUUUUUAUUUUAUACACUUAAAAAAACUACCAAUGGCCUUUGUACUGGGAGAUUCAAGUGAGUCGGAAAAGUACUGGGCAGAUUUUUCCUGCCUCUCAACCAGUGCAUUGUUUGUAAAAUAGAAGAUGUGGUGCAGUUCACCCACUCUCUGCUGCCCACACCCUGAAAGGGUGGGAAUCAAUGUUAUGAAACUGAGUACGAAAGGGACUCAAAAGACUCUGUGUGUAUGUGUGUGUGUAUGUGUGUGUAUGGGUGUGUGGGUGGGUGUAUAUAUGAAUGCGUGUAUCUAUAUGCAUACACAUACCCUUUAUAUAAAGAGACAGAUCUAUUUAUCUAUACAUAUUUUAUAUAUAUAUAUAUAUAUAUAUAAGUGUGUGUGUGUGUAUAUGUGUAUGCAUACACAUACAUACAUACAUGGUGAUGUCCCAGAAGAUUUACUGAAUUUCCCAGAAAUGCUUCCACUGCUAUGGAGUGGUGGGUUUCAAAAGAUCACACUUUAAAUCUAAAAUCCUUACUAAGUCACAGCCCAUUGCAAUUAUGAGAAGAUGGGCUACUCUAAAUCAGACACAAAGUACUCUCCAGAGAUUGCCUGUUCAGAACAACACUUGGGUUGUUACAAGCUUAAUCUUGAACAGAGCCCUCACAUCCCAUAUGGUGAAAACAGGAGGUUGGAAUGGGAUUGGGAAGAGUUGGGUGUUUCUUUAAGAAGGUUUAGAGAGAAAAGGAGGAUGGGAGGUAAUUACCAUUCGAAAGUGCUUUCAGCCAAUUUGAAGCAAAUCUCUUCUGAAACUCCAACAUCAAAUUGGCUUCAGGUGAGAAUAGAUAGACCUGAAAUCCCUGAAGGAGGGAAGACUAACAUUGGAAAGAUGGGGUAGGGAAGUGUGAGGAAAUUUGACAAUUUGAUUUUACAUGCCUAGAUUGUUUCAUUUGUUCAUUGACAUUUUGACUACCGGAUCUUUUCAUUUCCUUUGCAAGGAAGACUUCAGAGGACUCUGUCCUGGGCCUUGGGAAGCAUUCUGUAAAAGAUUCUUAGCCCCCCAUGUGGCUAGGAUCUGCCCAGGAUAAAGAGGCUGUUCCUCCUUGCUGGAGAUAAUCUUGAGACAACUUUACAUUUCCAGUUUCCCUCCUUGGACAGCCAAAAUAUGAGGGGUGGAAACAUGGCUUAUAACAAAUUAGCAUCGUAUCUUCAUUCAGGAAUUGAGGCUUCCAGCCUCACACACCUCCUUUUGGGCUUUAUGAUAUUCUUGCCCAAGAAGUACCAUUUCUACUAGACUAUAACUGACUAUAGACUUCUAGCAGGGUUCUCUCUUUUUGAAAAAAAACAAAACAAAACCCAUGCACCUUAACCCACAGCAGGUCCUUGGUGAUUUUAUUUUUUCAGACCAGAAGGCUGCUAAUUGCCCACUUACAAUGACAAUAUGAGAAAUUGAAAACAGUCUCAGACUGUUUAAUCCUAGUCUGGCCCAGUUUACUAGAAGCCACAAAUUGCAGAGGGAAGGAGCCCUGGAGUGCCUUGUCCCCUGCCCAGAUACUUCUUACAUAAACCAAAGAAGGAUGACAAGAGUGUACACCUUGCCAGAUAUAAGCAGUAACAAAGUGUACCAAAACCUCUUUGGAAUUAGCUCCCCUGAUUUAGUACCCCUACUUCUCUUGGACCAUCCCAACCUUUUGCCAACAUCUUGAAGGUUAGGACUUCUGUAUCCAGCAAGGGAGGGAAUUUGUAGUAAAUUUAGGUGGCUUGGAAUUUUCUUUCUGAGCCACGGAGGGAUGAAUCCUUUGGAGCUCUAAAAGUAAUCAGAAUCACUGAGCUGUAAGUGAAUGAAUAUAUAUAUAUAUAUAUAUAUAUAUAUAUAUAUAUAUAUAUGUGUGUGUGUGUGUGUAUAUGUAUAUGCAUAUAUAUACAUAUAAUAUAUUCAUUUUAUAAUAGGAAGUACUUGGAGUUAAAUGUAAGGUAUCUUUUCAGUUGCUGUUCUGUGCAUCUUGAAUCUUAUCUGACACAAUCAGAUGACAGUAUUGUUAACUCUCACAGCAUUAAGAAGACUUCUUAUUUUGUAGGCAUUCACUGUGAGAGGCAAAAUUGCUGCUUUGACAAAGAUGAUUCCAGUUUGCCAAAAGGCUUGCUUUUCUCCCUUCCACACACCUCUACUAUCCUCCAGCCUGGCCCAGGGUGAAACAAGUGGUUUACCUGCAACCGUGACUUUUAUUUGAAUUCAGCAUUUUGAGUUAGAAGAUUACAAGAAAGAAAAUAAAGGGCCAUAUGCCUAGAUUUUCAUUUAUCUGCCAAAAUGCACAACUUCAAAGCCAGAAAAACUAAGGUUCAUUGCUGGGAGUUGAACUUUUUCUAAUUGGAGGACAAAUUGGGGAUGGUAGGGUCUGAUCUUGGAGAGACUAUCAUCCUUCACUUGAGGUUCCUUUUCUAACUGUGAUGUGGUCUCUCUUGAACAGAGUCAUGUUGGAACUCUCAGAAAUGACCCACUUACCUUGUAGGACCACGAGCAAAAACACCCUGGUGGUGUAAAGCCACUGAUCCCCAAGGACUUGUAGUCCUUGAUUUCUGCUGGUGUGUCUUGGGAUCAGUCUAUAAAUCUUACCCAUUUUUAGUGGCCAGUCUGGUCUGGACCAGGCCUGACAAACUUCUGCACAUUUGCAUCAUUUUCAUUCUGAGCCAGUAGGACAUUGGGUAGUCUAAAGCCCAAGAAGUGGUACUUGCUUUGGCUAGGGACAUUUGAUUUUUGUCUCCAUCUUGAUUUUCUGACAUUGUUAGCCAAGUCACAAUAACCUUUUUUGAUCACUGGGAAAGCCAGACAAGACAUUAAGGGAGGGUGGUUAAGGUGGGGUGGGGGGGCAGGAAUGCUUAUGUAGGGUAGAAAGAAUAUGGGAGUAGCUGUUUGGUUAUGGUGAUUCAGUCCUUUGGAACCUUAGAAGGCUCCUGUGGGCAUGUCAGUGCCACCAUGUCAGCCUCUAAGCCCCCCACUCCUUUGAAAUGACAAUACAAGUAGACCACAGUUUAAAGUAGUUAGUAUAAUUCUACUAAGGUUUAAUCAUUAUACUUGUUCACUUCCUGAUGCAUAUUUCCUAAAUAUGCUUGGGGUUCAGGGUGUGGGGGGGAAAUUGUCACUGUUCCAUUGUGUGUCACCUAUAUUUUUCUCCCUCUGGUGACUUUGGCAUCUUCUUAUUUGACUUUCUCUUUUCAUUUCCCUUGGCUUAUUGCAGUAGUCUGCUGGUGCAGGUAGAGAGCUCAGUGCACCUAUUCCCCUAUUACUGUUAAUUAUCUUCAGUAUUGUCCAAGGUUAUUUUGAUGUUCUAAGAAAAUAAUGUCAUUUUUUUACAAAAUUAUCUUCUCCGAGUUAAAAGCAAAAUAAAACAUCCCCUGUGCUAGGGUGCCCAUUUCAGCUUUUGAUAUUGCCCCCUGUACUUUUUAUAGAUGCUCUUUUGUCCGUGUUGGUAGUAACUAAUGACUAGUGAAUUUUCAUGUAAAUGAAGCAAAUUAAAUAUUUCAGAUUUUAUUAAUCUCAUAACCCUGCCAAAUCUGAUGACUUCAUUUUAAUUACUUCCCAGAAGGCACUUCCCCUCCUACCUUUUAUUUUAUUCUAUUCUAUCUUUAGACUAACACACUAGGUAAAGAAACUUUAACUGCAAGGAGUCAGUGAUUUUUUUAGUGUUCCCUGAUAAAUGAUGUUAUUGACAAAAGUAAGAAAUUCUUUCAUUGUUUUUUCCUGUGUUACUAUCUCUUCUCCUGUGCUCUUGACAGUGUGUUUAGUGGAUGGAUAAUACGUAUUUCUCUUUCCCACUCCCAGAUUCCAAAUUCCCUGCCUUUUUGGCCCACCUCACCACAAAAGCUCCAUAGUUUAUUAAUGUAAGUUUGAAUGGAUGCUUCUUUGGGGAAACUGCAGGAGUUAAUGGAAAUGUUUCAGAAAGGAACGAGACUGUCUCAGGAGUUGUUCUGUGAUGGAAUUUGGUCUGUUGUUUUGUUAAUGCUGAUGGAAAGAAACUUACAGCGCUUAAUAAAAAUCUAUUCUUUUAGUAAAAAUAUUGUGGAACAA